UUCUUCUGAGUCCUGUGGAGCCCCAGGACACUGCUGCCAUGACGACCGCCAUCCUGGAACGCCUGAGCACCCUGUCCGUGAGCGGGCAGCAGCUGCGCCGUCUGCCCAAGAUUCUGGAAGAAGGGCUUCCCAAGAUGCCCUGCACCGUCCCAGAAACCGAUGUGCCUCAGCUCUUCAGGGAGCCUUACAUCCACGCAGGCUACCGCCCCACGGGGCACGAGUGGCGUUACUACUUCUUCAGUCUCUUUCAGAAGCACAACGAGGUGGUCAACGUCUGGACCCACUUGCUGGCCGCCCUAGCGGUCCUGCUGCGGUUCUGGGCUUUUGCAGAGGCUGGAGCUUUGCAGUGGGCCUCUCCCCACACCCUGCCCCUGCUCCUCUUCAUCCUGUCGUCAAUCACUUACCUCACCUGCAGCCUCUUGGCCCACCUGCUGCAGUCCAAGUCAGAGCUGUCCCACUACACCUUUUACUUUGUGGACUACGUCGGGGUCAGCGUCUACCAGUAUGGCAGUGCGUUGGCUCACUUUUUCUACAGCUCGGACCAGGCCUGGUACGAGCGCUUCUGGCUUUUCUUCCUGCCAGCGGCUGCUUUCUGUGGUUGGCUAUCCUGUGCUGGUUGUUGCUAUGCCAAGUAUCGCUACCGAAGGCCUUAUCCAGUUAUGCGGAAGAUCUGUCAAGUGGUACCCGCAGGGCUGGCCUUCAUCCUAGACAUCAGCCCUGUGGCCCACCGUGUGGCUCUCUGUCAUCUGGCUGGCUGCCAAGAGCAGGCGGCCUGGUACCACACUCUCCAGAUCCUCUUCUUUCUUGUUAGCGCCUACUUCUUCUCCUGCCCGGUACCUGAGAAAUACUUCCCCGGUUCCUGUGACAUUGUGGGCCACGGACAUCAAAUCUUCCACGCCUUCCUGUCCAUCUGCACGCUCUCCCAGCUGGAAGCCAUUCUUCUAGACUACCAGGGACGCCACGAGAUCUUCCUGCAGCGCCACAGCCCCCUGUCCAUCUACACCGCCUGCCUCUCCUUUUUCUUUUUAGCUGCCUGCAGCGCAGCCACGGCCUCCCUCCUGAGACACAAAGUCAAGGCCAGACUGAUUAAGAAAGAUUCCUGAGGUCUACAAACGAGGAAAGAUGUAGAGAUGUGCUACUGUGAUUUGGAGAAAACUUGACGCAAUAAUAGAAAUUGAUUUUUUUUGUUUUAUUUUUAAGGUUUGAUUUUUUUUAAAUUAAUAUGUAUUACAGGCUGGGGAUGAAACUUGAUUGGUGGAGAGUGCUUACAUAGCAUACAGGAAGCCCAGGGUUCGAUCCCCAGCACUGCACAGAACAGCAGCAGCUCUUAAGGAGGCAGGAAGAUCAGAAGUUUCUAGGUGAUUCUACGAUGCAUAGUGAGUCCAAGGCUAGUCUUUGAUACAUGAUAUCUUAUCUUUAAAAAAAAAAAUUAUUACAUAUUUUCAAGGGCAUAUGUCUAUAAAAUUUCAAAUGCAAGGCAUUUGAGAGUUUUUAAAAGAAAUACUCAUUUUCUGUCUGGGUUGUAGCCUUUCAUGGGAAAGGAUCCUGGCCACGAUGCAUGGGAUUCCAAACUAAAGAAACCAUUCUCACCCAGGAACACUUACCAGAAUUCUGGUUGUGGCUUCCAAAGCUGAGUCCUGAACUGGACAGAUAAUCAAACUGGACUGCCAAGUGAACGGUGGAUGUUUAGGAACAUCCACCCUGUACUACUGGUCUUGGUAACUGGGGAAACUGAUCCAUGGACUCUGUGCUGACAGGAUUUCAGAGUGUCUAGGGUGGAAAAGUCAGAAUUUUCAAGAAGAUCCAUUGAAACCCUUAGACAGAAUGGACUAUUCAAUUUAUCAGAUACAUGGUCUCAUCCACUGGCCAACGAGCCGGCUGAUUUGCCUGAAGAAAUGUUCCCAUCCCGAGUCUGCAUGGUAAUAUAAAGAAUUCCGAAGCUAUCACACUUCCAGGAAAUGCUUGGAGCCAUAUGAACUUUCAGGAAGCUGAUUCUGCUGUUAUACAGAAACAUCAGAAAAUCCAACAGUGCCAAGAGCUACCAGGAGACCCAGCCAGCAAACAUGGAUACACUUGUCUAUCUGUUACCCAUGGGGACCUUUUAGUUUGUAUGUGUGCAGGGCAGUAUUAACUGUGAGCUAUUUAGGGUCAUCUUGCAGGCCAGGGAAUUAGCUGAAGGUUUGCACAGACUCUUUUAAAAAGCUUGGCUCUAAAGUUGCUCGAGGGAUCUGAUGAUUUCAAGAGUAACCUAAGACCCAAGGUUCACAUUUCUGUUAGAUGCUGUCCCAUGAAGGACCAACAGGGCUACCCCAAUCCGGGGUCCUCAAACUGGCAGUUCUGCCUCAGGUUGGAGAAGAAACCUUAGAACAGGUCCUAGGACAGGUAAAUGGGUGCUCCCUGUGAUUGGCCCCUGAUGGUCCUUUGAGUAAGAGUGAGGCACCUGAUGGCCAAAUGCACUGUUUGUAACAUUGCUGCCGGCAGCCGCUGUGAGAUGGGUGGUGCUUGCGGCCGAUACAUUCUGGCCACUCAGCUCUCUCUGAGGACUGAUUUCUACAUUAAUCCAGUGAAGGAGGCUGUGGUCCAGGAAGCGCUGAGAUGCCCUCUUCUCACAGGCUGCAUUUCCUAUCAGUAUAAGGUCCCUUCGUACUAAAAAGGGAGUGAUCUGUUUCAGCUCCGGUGUGAUGAAGCGCCUCACCUCCUCUAUUAGGUUAUUGCUAAGUCUUUAAUCCUUUGCUCUCUCUCUCUCUCUCUCUCUCUCUCUCUGUGUGUGUGUUAGUCUUUCUGUAAGACAAUUGUGAGUUUUGUGCCUUAUACAUGGGAAUGUCUAAACAUUUUAUUUAAUAUAUGCCUCCGUGGAAUUUCAUGUUUUGGAUUAUUGAGGCAAGAAAAAAUGAAGAACCACAGAAAGCUAGAGUGACUUGUUAACGGAAACUUCCCUACCACCUUUAAAGCAAGAAAGGAUGUGUCUGCUGCAUCGUUUUACUGGAUGGGCUUGAGAAUCUGAACUGCUAUGCUAGCCGAGUGUCUACAUAAGCUUCUGGUUGUCUAGGCUAAGUUCAUGACAAGGAAUGUUAGCAAAAGUGAAUUGGUUUGAACUGAGCAAAAGAUGAUGGCCGGGGGUCAGGGCAGGGAGGUCGGGUAAAUGAUACAAGAAAAGGGUCUGUUUAAAAUGGGAACCGGAAAGUGUUAGAACUUCUCACUGUUAUGGAUUCAAAGGCGGUGAGAGAGGGAAGGAGGGGGUUGUUCUUGACUGUAACUGUGGUGGUUGUUUAUGAACAAAGGGUUUGUCCUUUUCUUCUUCUCCUCCUCCUCCUUUUUGAGACAGACUUUCUCUGUAGCUUUGGAGACUGCCCUUGGACUCCAUCAGUAGACCAGGCCAGCCUCGAACUCACAGAGAUCCGCCUGUCUCUAACUUCCCGCUGCUGGGAUUAAAGGCGUGCACCACAGCCACCCAGCUCUUCUUCUUUUUUUUGAGAUAAGAUCUCGCUCUAUAGCUCUGGCUGACCUGGAAAUAAUUAUGCAGACCAGAAUGGCCUUGAACUCUAGAAAUAAACCUACCUCUGCCUCCCAAGUGGCAGGACUAACGCCCUGUGAAUAGAGAUCUGGUGCUCUUCGUGCACCUGCAGGCCAGUGCCGAGCUGCACCCUGUCACUGGUGGGCCCGUGACACCAUAUGUAUAAAAAGUGAGACAGUGGCAUUCAGUUUUGGGUUUAAUUAUACAAAUAUUGCUAAGGUGAUUUGGACGUAGAUAAGAAAAAAGUGAUUUCUGUGGUGUUGGGACUUGAACCCAAGACCUCCAACAUCGUAACCAAGACUUCCUCCACUGACCUACAUCCCAGGCCAGGGAAAUGUAUGCUUAAUAGAUGUUUGGGAGGCAUUGAGGUGGGGCAACAGUGAUCUCCCCGUUAGAAUAAUAUAAAUAUGGGUGGUUCUUAACUCUUCCAACUCAUUUUUGAACAGCCAUUAAAAUGAAUCUUUCAAUGUGGAAAAGGCCUGAGUAGUUUAAAAGUAACAACUAAGGAUUGUAGAGAGGCGUAUGGAUGCCUAUCGAUUUACAGUGAGGUUGCAGCCCCCCCCCAAUCAGUAUAGUGUGAAAGAUAGUAUGAGAUGGUUAUCUUGCUCUUCAAUACUAGAAAUUUUAGUUGUCGAUACUUCCCUCUUCACUAAAACUUUCAACCCAUUAACAUGUAAAUGCCUCUGAUAAACAACUGUCAGUCGUUUGUAUUUUGUCAUGAGUAAAAUCCUUUAGAUAUAUAUAAGGCCCUGAUGAAUUCGAGAAGACGGAUACAUUUGGGGGUGCCUGUUUCUCUUUUCAGAGUCCUGGUAUUUCUUUGCUGGUGAAGGUUGUUUUUGUAGCUGUUUCUGGUUUGUGGUGUUUUGUUUUGUUUUGUGUUUGAGAUUGGUCUCACUGUGUUUCCUAGGCUGGCCUGGAACUCCCUGGUUCUCCCAACUCAGUCAGCCAAGGAGCUGGGAAUGCAGGCUGCGCCCACACCACACCCAAUUCUAAUGAACUAGUUUUAAAGUUCUUAAAGAUGUCAGAGUUAUAAUUUCAAUUUCUAAGUCUUUCUAAUAGCAAUGUGCAAGUCAUCUACUGGAAGCUUGAAAUACGAGUUCAGAACCAUGACAGGAGGGCCCUCUCUUUUCUUUGGUUAGUGCUCCGUAGUUCCACCUGGGUCCUCCAGGGGGCGAUGCGGUCUUACUUAAUGCUCCGCCAGCUCUUGUUACUAAGGCUUUGCCAUUAGUUGUCCUACUGUGUUUUGCUUGAAAGAAAACGUGGGGUUGUUUUCUGUCUCUAUAAAUAUACUUACAUGAAUAAUCAUUAAAAGGUUUUGUAUAUGGA